GCUGAGAGGAAUGGGACUAACUGGGGUCUCUGUUCCGCGGAGGAGAGCUGGCUGCAGCACUACCAGACGGUGUUGCUGCUGCUGGUGUACGCUCUGGUAUUCGUGCUGGGCGUGGCGGGGAAUGGGCUCAUGGUGGUGGUGCUGCUGCGGAGGCGCCGGAGCUCCCUGCGCAUCACCGAGAUCUACCUGCUGCACCUGGGCCUGGCCGACCUGCUGUUUCUCGCUGCCCUCCCCUUCAUGGCGGCCAAGCAGGCGGCCGGCGUCUUCCUCUGCAAGAUGCUGAACACGGUGGUCAGCCUCAACCUGCUGUGCAGCAGCCUGCUGCUGGCGUGCAUCAGCUUCGACCGCUACCUGGCCAUCGUGCACGCCGUGCCGAGCAUGCACAACCGGCGGCCGCGCACCGUCCACCUCACCUGCGGGCUGUUGUGGCUCCUCUGCUUCGUCCUUUCCUUCCCCGAGGCCGUGUUCACCACCGUGUUGGACGACCCGGUCUACGGUCCGCGGUGCUCGUACGAGGGCCUGGAGGGCGGCACCUGGAUGCUGCUGAGCCGCACGCUAAUGCACCUCCUGGGCUUCUUCCUGCCGCUGGCCGUCAUGGGCUACUGCUACUCGGCCGUGGUGCUGACGCUGUGCCGGCGCCGCCGAAGCCUGGAGAAGCAGGGCGCCGUGCGGCUGGCUCUGCUGGUCACUGCCGUCUUCUGCCUUUGCUGGCUGCCUUACAACCUCACCAAGCUGCUGGACCUGCUGGUCAUCCUGGGCCCGCUGGCACACCUGAACUGUGACGAGGCGCUGAAGCAGAGCCUGGUGCUGAGCGAGAGUGUCGGCUACGUGCACUGCUGCCUGAACCCCAUCCUGUAUGCCUUCGCUGGCGUGCGCUUCCGCAAGGAGCUCCUGCAGCUGCUGGGCAGGUGGAGAGUGUGCCACGACUGCUUGCCUGCCAAGUGCAGCAGUCGGGUGUCUUCCUCCGAGGGAGUCACCACCACAACCAACGUCAAAACCGUCUGAUCUCCGAACACUCCAUUUCCCACAGUGCACCUGAAGCUUGUCCGGUUUGAACCAUUUAUGUCUUAUCGUGGAGGACUCGAAUAACAAGAGUAAAGUGGGUGUGAGAGCUUUGUAAAUGAAGGCAUUUCUAUAAACUAACUUUUAUACUAGCAUUGUCAUUGAACGACCCUUCGGCUUUCUGAAAACUGCUUCUUAA